AUGUUCACAAUGACCAGCUCAAGAAAAGCACUAAAAAACACCCUUUCUCCUCCCUUACACCACCUCUCCACCACUACCCCCACCACCCCUCCAUGGUUCACCCCUCCCCCACCCCCACCCCACCACCAUCAAGAUUCAACAGACCCAAUACUCAAAACCCUCUCAGAAGCCAUAAAAAACUCUCCUUCUAAACCCCUUCAAGUUUCCCUCAAACCCCUCCUUCCAUCUCUUAAACCUCAUCACAUAAUCAACCUCAUUAACCUUAAUCCUCACUCUUUAACCCCUUCUUCUCUUCUCUCCUUCUUCACAUGGCUUUCAACUUCCAACCCUUCAAGAUUUUGCCACACACUUCAUACUUAUUCCACUAUGACCCUUUUUCUUUACACCCACAAAAUGUAUCCACAAGGUCACUCUUUUAUCAACACUAUUGUUUCAAGAAAAGGUAAAGACUCAGCCUUUACUGUUUUUCAAGCAUUCUUGAAAGCUAAAGGUACAAACUUUACAUCUUUUGUGAAUAUUUUGAAUGGCGUUAUUGAUGCUUAUUUGGAUUUGGGGUUUGUUUCUGAUGCUAUACAGUGCUUUAGGCUUAUUCAAAAGCAUAAAAUUAACUUCCCAUUUCAAGGUUGUACUAAGGUUCUUGAGUAUUUGAUGAAGCUUAAUUCACCAAUGGUAGCUUUUGACUUUUAUAAGGAGCUUUUGGAUUAUGGGUAUCCUGCAAAUGUGUAUUUCUUUAAUGUUUUGAUGAGUAAGUUGUGUAAGGAAGGUAAAAUGAUGGAAGCCCGGUCGGUGUUUACUGAGAUGUGGAAGAGGAGUUUGAGACCUAGUGUUGUUAGUUUCAAUACUUUGAUUAAUGGGUAUUGUAGAUUAGGUGAUAUGGAUGCAGGGUAUAGGUUGAAAAAAGAAAUGGAGGAAAGAAGAAUUUCCCCUGAUGUUUAUACGUAUAGUGCUUUAAUCAACGGUCUUUGCAAGAAGUUUUGGAUGAGCGAUGCGAAUGAGUUGUUUAAUGAGAUGUAUGUUAAAGGUUUGGUUCCUAAUGUUGUUAUUUUCACGACUUUGAUUAAUGGCCAUUGCAAGGAUGGUAGUGUUGCUUUGGCUAUGGACACUUAUCAACAAAUGCUGAAGCAAGGGGUGGAACCAGAUUUAAUCACAUAUAACACACUUGUCAAUGGACUUUGUAAGAGUGGGGAUUUAGGGGAAGCGAGGAAGCUCAUUCAUGUGAUGGUUGAAAAGGGCUUGAAGCCCGAUAAGAUCACAUACACAACAGUUAUUGAUGGAUGUUGUAAGGAGGGAGAUUUAGAUGGAGCAUUUGAGAUAAAAAAAGUAAUGGUUGAUAACAAAAUUGAACUUGAUGAUGUAGCAUAUACAGCCCUUAUUACAGGUUUGUGUCGACAAGGGCGAACAGUUGAUGCAGAGAGGAUUUUAACCGAAAUGUUGAAUGUCGGUUUAAAGCCUGAUGACCCCAUUUAUACUGUGGUUAUCGAUGGUUUUUGUAAGAAGGGAGAUAUUAAGAUGGGUUUUAAGUUGCUAAGGCAGAUGCAAAGUAAUGGACACGCACCUAAUGUUAUAACUUACAACGUGCUCUUGAAUGGUCUAUGCAGACAAGGACAGAUGAGAAAUGCUGAAAUGCUAUUACAAGCGAUGCUUAAUCUAGGUUUGAAUCCGGAUGACAUUACCUAUAACAUUCUCUUGGAAGGGCAUUGCAAGCAUGGGAAUCCUGAUGAAUAUGAUAAGCUACGUGGUGAAAUGGGGCUUGUUCACGACUAUGCUACUUAUACUUCACUAGUUGGUAGCUUAAGUAGGAGCUCAAAACGUCAGCCUAAGAAGUCUUUCAUGUAAUCAGAGAGCUCAAAUCAAUGAAACUGUGCGGGCUCCCCUUGCUCUCCUUGGGAAAUGAGUCUCAUGGUGAUCCAUGGAACUUCGAGGGGUUAUGUGAAUGUGAAUUUAUUCAUCUUUCCUGCUUUUAUGAGUAUUGAUGGAUCACUCGAGCGCAUACAUUGGGGUUCAUCAUGUUGGCAUUUGGGUUGUAAAUUGCAGUUGAGGCAGUCCAUUCUUUCAGUUUAUGAAUCUAGCUGGAGUUCUGAUCAGACUGCUUCGUAACUGUUGCCUUAUUGUAGGUGAACUUUAUUCCAUGAAGUUAAUUACACUGUGAAUAAUGAUUAUUUGAGUGGUAGUUUAAUUCAUGCGGCUAGAUAUAAACGAGGUUUAUAGAAGCAGAGGUAAGAAUGAUGCAAGAUGUUAUCCAAAUAAUAUUGAAUGGAUCAGCUCAAGUUUCUCCUGGCUUGUGAAUGAUGCUGUAAGAUGGAUGCCUCAUAGAUGCCAGUGUGUUACAUUUCAUUCGUUGAAGAAUUUUAGAACUGCAAUCUCAACAUGUCAAUGCGCUUCCCUCGGUCAUGUAAAAGGUGUCUUACAGAUGUCCUAAACUAGUCCAUCAAGAUUGCAGUCUUUAUAUACAGCAGUGAUGAAAGCCCAUCUUUUUUCUCUGAUAGUUGAGAAAAAGGCGUAAAAGUCCUAGAGGAAGUGUCUCUAGUUGCCUCGAGGAUCUGGCAGGAGUUAUAUGACGGCAACUAGAACAACAUACCCAGUGUAAUCCCACAAGUGGGGUCUGGGGAGAGUAGAGUCUAUGCAG